AUGAGUAGAAAUUGGUGGCUUUUAACCCUUUCCUUUGCACUCAUCUUUUCUUUUUACUUUCUAUUCAUUUACGAUGAAAGCUAUGAUGAUUGGAGUGUGACGGUGAAACAAGAUCUCAAAGAGUGUCAAUGCUUCGGUGAGACGCUUUGCCUUCAAAAGGACGAUCUUGUCGGUCAAGCAUUCGACUGUUCACUUCGAAAAUUUUUGCACCAAUUUCAACUCAAUGAUUAUGCAAUAAAGAAAACGGAGGCAUCGAAUUUCUCCUUUGACGAUGUGAUUUUCGUUACCUACAGUUCGUCGAAUCAUUUCGCUGAGAGUCGUCAAAUGAUCGUCGAUUUGCGAGAAAAAUUCACGAAUCGAAUUAUUUACUACGAUUUGGGUUUAACCCAUACGGAGAGAAAAGAGCUCACCCGGGUUUGUAAUUUGGAGAUUCGAGCUUUCGAUUUCGAUGCCUUUCCAGAGCAUGUGAGGAAUCUACAUACUUAUGCUUUCAAACCGAUCAUACAAGCGGAAAUGCUAAGUGAAAAUGUGGCUUUCUGGAUAGCAGAUAGCUCGGUGCAAUUUCGAGAUCGAUUAAUGCUGCAAAAUUUCUAUGAUGACGUGAUGAGUGGGAAAGCACCAGACUAUAUGAUUGGGGAAAUUGUUACAAAAGAAGUUCCCUACACUCAUCCAGCAAGUGUGUUGUUUUUGCGGAAGAGUCAAGAGAGUAAACGAUUGUUGAAAUGGUUACUCCUUUGUGCGAUAACCGAGAAAUGCAUUGCGCCAAAAAGGGCAUAUUAUUUUUGCUCGAGUCCACCAAAAUUGGGAUGUCAUCGCUUCGAUCAAAGUGCGACAAGUAUCCUUUUCCGAACAUUUCACCCACCAAACUCUACAAAAGGCUUUUACUAUCAAAAUAUUUACCCACUAAUCAUCCUCAUCUACGUCAUCGAAUUCUCAGCGCUGUUUGUGUCAGCAUUGAGCUUUUGGGUGUGCGUAGGGGAAUUCUGGAAGCACACAAUAUUUCACAUCAAUUUCACCAUUUUGCUCACAUCGAUCUUUGCUUUUUAUUAUACAUCGAUUGUGUCAAGAGUGUUCAUAUUUGCCGCUCAGAUAAAUGUGUUGACAUCGGAUAACCCUCUCUACUUACCACUAGUGAUCGUUGGCUCGUUUUUCCGGAUCGAGUGCCUCAUUUACGCGUUGUUGUUGAUGAUCGCAAUUGCGAUCGAACGGGGAUUUGCUACUGUGUAUGUACGUGACUACGAACGUUUCCAACAAAAACAUCACUCAAUUUGUUUGGUGAUUUUAGGAAAAGUCAUUUCGACGAUUCUGGCCAUUGUUUGCAUGAUUGUUGACAUAAGCGGGGAAUUAAUGACGCUUUUUGCCUUGAUUCCUUGCAUCAUUGCGGCUGUGAUUUUCAUCUUGACCGCAUUAUGGAAUUGGUAUUAUUUGCGAAAAAUUGGCAACGAUUUACAUUACGGGGAGUACUCAUUGAGUUUGCGAUUUCAGUUGGAGGAGAAUUGGCGGGUGUUAAAGUUAUUGGCGCUGAGCUCUCUGAACUCGAUGAUGAUGUUGAUCGGUGGGAUGGCGAUUUAUGGUAUCUCGUUGACAGUGCUAUCAGGGAAUGUGGAAUUGUUGCAAAAUACUGUGCUCGCUCUACUUGAUAUGCUAGUGGCUGUCUUUAUCAACUCGUUGGCUUUCAUCUUUCUGUGGGCUUUUCCGCACUUUCGGAAUCAAUUCCAGCGAUGGUUCUUUUGUCGGAGAAAAGUCGACACUGAAACGAUUCAUGAUACGAAAAAUCGAGCUUCGAUCGACACGGAGGCCUACUUCUCGCAACUACAAAAGCUUUGGGCUUUGAGC